AUGGCGGAGAACUCACUUGUCGACCACUACACUCCCAACUGGCUGGACUACUUCAGCCCUGACGGUGAUCUACUCGGCGACGUCCUGCUACAGGUCGACUGCCAGAUCUGUGACAAAAAGCUCGCCAUCAUUCAGCCUCCAGAUGACGAAAACGAAGCAUACACCGUGCUGCCAUGCGGACACGCCUUCGGGUAUAACUGCAUUCAGCUAUGGCUCGAGGGGGGUAACAACCCGACGUGCCCAUCAUGCCGAAAAUCGCUGGAGCACAGGGAUUGCGGACACCUGUUCAGCCCACAGUCAUUCGAACCAGUUGACGGCUUUAACGUGCACCAAGACUUGCCCCCCGUUCUUGGGCCGGAUCAAGAGAUAGCCCUGAAUGUGGAUGCGAGUCGGGAGGACCUCCUCCACGACAGUUUACGCCCUCCCGUUCGCAGAGAGCGCCCUCUUAUGAAGCACCACCACGCAACCCCCGAUCUUCUCAUUCGAACAGAGCGCCGUCUUAUGGCUAUCAGACAUAUUCCCCUUAUCAAUAUCAGCCAAUUCCCUCUCAUGAAUACCAGGCUCACCUCAUGUCAAAUUCGGUCUACCGACCGCAGGGAGCCUACCCUCCAGGGGGACCGCCACCUUACGUCCGCCGGCCAGGAGCUUAUAACCCCUACCAAGCUGGCGGGCCCACAGCUCUGA